GAAGGUGACAAUUUUACCACUAGGCCAAGCUUAAUUUGUCCGUAUUAAACAAAUACUGGUAGCAUAAUUAAAUAAAAAUAAAAAAAGGUAGAAUCAUACAAAGUAGUCCCGUAUAUAGUUAUAGUAUAGGCAUACGCAAAGUGGCGUGGUCACCUUUUUCUGGAACGUGAGCGAAGAUCGGAGUUUGCCUAUCAACUCUCUCCGCUCUUCCCUCUUCAUUUUUAUUUUUAUUUUAUCAUUAUUUUUUUAUAUUUAUUCAUAAUCUCUUCUUCUUCUCUUAAUCUUUCUCUCUCUACAUUUCUCUCAUCUCUCUUUCUCUCUCCUCUUCGAUUGACGUCUUCGGACCAAAUAUCAGGUUUAUUUAUGGCGAAAGUUAGCAGGGUAAGGCGUCUGAAGUAUAGAUGCCGCAAUGGCAAAACGGAACGAUUGCAGGUUCCAUCCUGCUCGCACAAGAUCUUCAAAGACAUGAAGAAGCCUUCUAAGCUUUCCGAGAAGAAAGAUUGGGAGGAUGCUACUUGCUCGGUUUGCAUCGAGUCUCCUCACAAUGCUGUUCUUCUGCUUUGUUCCUCUUACAACAAAGGCUGUCGUCCCUACAUGUGCGCCACUGGCUAUCGCUUUUCUAAUUGUCUUGACCAGUAUAAGAAUGCAUACGCAAAGGCAACUUCUGGUUCUAUCACUCCUGACCUCAAUGCUGAAUGGCCUGAGGAAAAGAUUGAAGCAUCUGAGCUUCUGUGCCCCCUCUGCCGUGGGCAGGUGAAGGGCUGGACCUUGGUUGAGCCAGCUCGGAAAUAUCUGAACAAGAAGAAACGAACGUGCAUGCAGGAGAAUUGCUCUUUUGUUGGUAACUACAAACAGCUAAAGAAGCAUGUCAAAAAUGAUCAUCCUUGGGCACGACCCAGGGAAGUGGACCCGUCCCUUGAGGCAAAAUGGAAAAGCUUGGAGAGGGAAAGAGAACUGAGCGAUGUCAUGAGCACUUUCUCCCCAGGUACUAUUGUUUUGGGGGACUAUGUUAUUGAUCCAAACUUUAACCCCUUCAUUAGAGAUUAUAAUGUGGAUAUGGAAGACUUGUUGGGCAAUGAUCUUGAGUCUUUUGGGGCAAGUAGAAUCAGGAGCGGUGGAUUCCAGUUGCACAGGACAUCUGGGAUUAAUUACGAGUCAUAUGAUGAUGAUGACGAUGACGACGAAGAUGAUGACGAUGACAAUGACGGAAUUCCUCGUAAUUCAGCCUUUGGUAGAGGAGAUGAUAUGAUCCCACUUAGUCGGCAUCAUAGAAGAAUGUUGUUUAUGGGAAGGUCUCGUCGGAGGAGGCGGCGUGACUGACCUUUGUACAAAAUCAGCAGCGCUCUUUGGUCCCCCCUAAAAAAACCCUGGCGAAGUGGUUUUGAUCAUAAUUCAACUUCUACAAUUGUUUGGGGGCCACAUCUUCCAAGGCACUGCAAAUGCAAGUAGAAGUGAAUCUUUCCUUUGUUUAUUUAAGGUGGUUAAAUUGAACAUAUUGUGAUUUUAGAUACGGGUUUAUAAAUUUCUCUCAUGUGAUUUGGCCUUGUAGGGAUAGACCUCGAAAACUUUGUUACCUGCCGUGUUUGGCGGGUCUCAUUUUUAAUGCCUGUUUGUGCAUAGUGAACAUUGACCUGUAGGAUACAUCGUUCAGGUACAUUUGAUUCUCUUUUAACACCAAUCAAGGAAAAUUGCUCCUGACCCUAA